AUGGGGUACGAAGAAGUGUCAAAGGCAUAUCGCGUUUACGACAUUGAAGCGGAACAAGUGGUGAUAUCUCGCGAUGUCACAUUCGACGAAUCAACGCUUGGUUUCUCGCCUACGCUACCACAAGAAAUUGUUGAUGACACUGCGCUGGAUAUCGAAUCGAUGAACAUCAGCGAUGAGCCUCACCCCAUGCAGUUCAAGCAAACUGGAAAACGCAAAAGCCGUUCAAACAGUCAAGAACAAGUUCUACAACGGACACUUCUUGAGCGUCGUGGAACCGGGUUGGAAGAAGCAAGUGCCCCGGAUGACUCUGAAUCGCACCAAGCGAAGCGACGAUCAAGCGCUAGAGACAAUCUGGACGAAGAGCAAAAAAGCAGUGACGAAGAUAACGAGGAUGCUACACCUCAAGUCUUUUGGCGAGCGAGUGCCAAUGCAGUCGAAGGUACUGACUUGUCUGAGCCGACAACGUUUGAAGAUGCUGUUGGUGGACCAGAUCAAGUGCAUUGGCGUAAGGCAAUCUGUGCCGAGUUGGACUCGAUGAAACUUCGUGGCGUGUUUCGAGCGACGAAACUGCCGUCUGGACAGCAUAUUAUUGGCACCAAGUGGGUAUUCAAGAUCAAACGGAAAGCUGAUGGAUCCAUCGAGAAAUACAAGGCGCGUCUCGUGGCAAAAGGGUUCAAGCAGAAAUAUGGCAUCGACUACACGGAAACGUUUUCGUCGGUAGUCAACUUUUCUAUACGGAGAAAUGAAGAGCAUGUAUUCUGCGCGAUCCCAGAAGUAGUCGAAGUUGAUGAAGACUUUGACUGCUUUGAACUGGUCAAGGCGAUCUACGGACUAAAACUAGCAUCGCGCGUAUGGAACGAGACUUUUCAUGAGUUCGUCUGCUCCAUUGGAUUUCAAGUCUCCGAUUUUGACCCGUGUCUUUAUCUCAAGAUUACAAGUGGCGAGUGCGUGCUUUUGCUGGUAUACGUCGAUGAUGUGUUGGUGACUGGCAGCUCAACCGAACUGAUUAUGCGCACCAAGAGUGACUUAAAGGCGCGUUUCGACAUGACCGACAGUGGGAAGUGCGCAUUCGUGUUGGGCAUCGAGCUGGUGGACAAUGACAACGGUAGCGUGACGAUGUGCCAGCGACGCUACGUAGAAGAUGUUCUCAAGCGUUUUGGCAUGAGCGACUGCAAAGCCGUCACCAGCCCAGUAGACAUCAGUUCUUGUUGA